GAGUGGAAAAAGGUAGAGAGACGUGGUGGAGAUGUAGGCAACAACGGAAACAAUCAUUUUUUUAACGCUCCCUGUUCUUCCUGCAUCGUGCAUUUGACUUUUUCGUACUUUGUUUAUUUUUCUUUUCUUAUUUCACGGUGUUUUCGCCGCUUUACGGUCCGAGUCAUGUAUCCCUGGCAACGCGAAUAACUGUCCUGCGAAGUUUGGAUCAAGUGUUUUACCUUUUGCCGAAAAACAGACUGGACAUUUUUCCGCUAAACUAACGCAGAUGACUCCGAGGUGGCUACGAAUGCACGUGGAAGAACUUCAGACUGUUUUUAUUUCUCUUUAACUUGUUUUUUAUUAUUAAAUCUUGUGUUUAGGGGAACGGGACAGCGCGAGACAAUAGUGGUGUGAGAGAGAGAGAGAGAGCUCGUGCAAGGCAGCAGGGGGGGUCGACAGCUCGCGGGGGCUUUGUUCUGCCCUGUGUGGAGACGCACCGCGAGCCCGCUGCGGAUAUCGCCUGAUUUACCGGUGGAUUAAUGAAUAGCUGGUGAUUAAUAAGCGGAGUCGGAAGCCGUGGGAGCAACCAUGGAUGUGACUCUGUCCGAGUUACUGGCCACUUUCAUGGAGUCACCGCUGGUGGUGUGGGUGCGGAUGCUGGGCCCACUGGGUUCAUGUGACGAUGUGGGCUCAGAGGAACGGGUCAGCAUGUUCAUGGAACUGGUGGAUGGCGUCUUCCUGCACAAGAUCAUGACACACAUUGAUCCUAGCCCAACCCAUCAGAGGCUGAACAAGAAUGUGAACAAUGAUGUGUCGCUUCGCCUUCACAACCUGAGCGUUCUCACCAGGCACAUCAGGACGUAUUACCAGGACACUUUACAGCAGUUGAUCGUCAUGCCGCUUCCCAACAUCCUCUGCAUCGCCAAGGAUCCAAUAUCAGCUAAGAGCAUGGAAGAACUGAAAAGACUUUUGUUGCUGAUACUAGGCUGUGCUGUUCAGUGUGAGCGUAAGGAGGAGAUGAUAGAGAAGAUCAAGCUGCUGAACAUUGAGACCCAGGCCGCCAUCGUCUCUCACAUACAGGAGGUCACCCAUAACCAGCUGAAUGUUCUCGACCUGUCCUGGCUGGAGGAAGGAGCAGAUCUCGCUCACGAAGAGUUAGAACCUCUGUCCCGUAACAUGGCUGCAUCGCUACGGCAACUGAUUGACCAGAGAGACAAAGCCAAUGAGGUGAUUGUGGAUCUGACCCACGAGAGGGAUUACCUGUCCAGUCAGCAGCCCCAGGAAGGGUGCAGGACCCUGGGUAUGAGCAGCCUGGAGCGUGGGCAGAGUUCCGGAGGUGUGGGGGUGAAUGACGGAGGCUCGACUGUGACUGCGUCUGGGCUGACCAAAGAAGAGAAGCAGCAUCUGUCUGUGGAGCUCGCUGAUACCAAGGCCAAGCUCCGCAGAUACAGACAAGAACUAGAGGAGAAAACAGAGCAGCUGAUUGAUUCAAAACACGAAGUGGAGCGUCUGGAUCAGGAGCUACAGCGACUGAAACAAGAGAACCAGUCGCUGUCUUGUGAGGCCCGUUCCGUCCGAGCGUACCGGGACGAGGUGGACUCACUGAGAGAAAGAGCGGCCAGGGUGGACAGACUGGAGACUGAACUGACCAGAUGUAAAGAAAAACUCAAUGAUGUUCACUUCUACAAGACCAGAGUUGAGGAGCUUCGUGAGGACAACCUGACUCUGAUGGAGACUAAGAUGUUGUUGGAGGAGCAGCUGUCAGCCUCCAGGGGCCGCUUUGAAAAACUUCACACACUGGAGAAAGACAACCUGUUGCUACGUGCUAAGAUACAUGACCUGGAAAUGGAGAGGGACAAUGAACGCCGGAGGCUGGAGGAGCUGGUGGAGGAGAACAUGUUGCUGGAGAUUGGACAGAAACAGAGUAUGAACGAGUCAGCUCAUCUGGGCUGGGAACUGGAACAGCUGACCAAGAACCAUGACAACACUAACACAGAGACUCGUAAGUCAUUGGUCCAUGAGCUGAACGAGUGUGUUUCCAGUCGAGUGUUGAAGCUGGAGAAGGAAAACCGGGAGCUACAGGCCUCUAUAGAGAGACUGAAGGAGGACAACCACCUGCUGCAGGAGCAGCAGCUCCACACCCAGGAGCUGGACAGGGAGAAUCAGAGUCUCAGCAAGAAGUUGGAGCGUCUUCAGGGCUUGUUGGACCAGGAGAGACUGACCAAUCAGGACAUGGAAUCUCUGGGAGAGGAAAUACUGAAGGAGAAGCAGAGUCUGGAGAGAGAAAUGCACGCUCUGAGGGCAGAGAAGGAUCGGCAGAUCUCAGAGUUAGAGAGCGAGAAGCAGCACCUGUCUGAUGCGGUGGCGUCCCUCCAGGAGCGGGCACAGUCAAACAGUGAGGCAAGGGUCCGUGAGGUGGAAGCAGAGAACCGUUUACUGCACCAGAACAUCACUGAUACCAGCUCCCGGUUGGCCAGCUUGGAAACUCAGCUCAAAGUAUCCAGUGAGGAGGCAGAGAGGCUGAGGGAGAGGGCGGGUCGCUGUGAGGAGGCAGAGAGAGAGGCAGCACGGCUGGAACGGAGCAGGGAGACUCUGAACAGAGAGGUGGUGUCUCUGCGUGCAUACAGCGAGCGGUCAGAGGCUCUUGAGAAGCAGGUGGCCUCCCUGGAGCAGGAGGUGCACAGGCUGAAGCGGGAGGCAGAGGAGGCCCAGCAAGAGCUGCAGCAGCUGAAGAGGCACGAGGCGGAGAACGGCCUGCUGUCAAAGGAGAACCUGGACCUCCGCUGCUCACUGGAAAACCUGCGCUCCUCAUCCGCCCGCCUAGCCACCCUGCAGGAGGAGCAUAAGGAGGUGCAGAGAGAGGCACAGGAGCUGAAGAGGAGGCUGGAAGAGGUCGGAGAGGAGGCGCAAACAGAGAGGAAGAGGGCAGAAAGGCUGGAGCUGAACAUGGCCGUACUGAAUCAGGAGAAGCGUCGCUUAGAAGAGCAAAUAGAGAGGAGUAAAGAGGAGCGGGAAGAAGGGGAGAGAGAGAGGCAGGAGGCACACAGCAGAGAGGAGGAAUGGAGAAGGGAAGUAGAGGAGCUGAAGGAGGAGCGGAGAAGGAGGGAGGAAGGAGACAAGGAGAGGAGGAAGCUCCAACUGGACCUGGAGCAGUCAGAGAAGGGGAGAAAGCACCUGGAAAAGGAGAGCUUGAAGAGCAGAACGCUGCUGGAGCGGAAAGAGACAGAACUGGAGGAGAAAACCAGGCGACUGGCUACAGUGGAGAAGGAGGGCAUGGCUCUGAGUAAGGACGUGGAGAGGCUGAAGGAGGUGGCAGUCAAAGCCAAAGAGCUGGAGAGGGAGAACAAGGAGCUGCAGAAACAGGCAACUAUUGACAAGAGAACUCUGGCUACUCUGAGAGAGGAGUUGGUGUCAGAGAAGCUGAGCGUUCAGCAGCAGAGUGUUGAGUUGGAGAGACUCAGUGAAGAGCUGGAGAAGAUCGGACUGAACAGAGAGAAACUACUGCAGCAAGAGCACACACUGGAGGACAGCAGGUACAGGCUGCUGGAGUCUCGGCUGGAGGAAACUGUCAAACAGACGAUGAAGAUCAAGGAGGAGAAGAUCUCCUCUCUGGAAAAGAAGCUGGAGGAGAGCAACACACACAGUGCUACGCUGCGUGCCGAGCUAGCUACUGCUCGGAAGACGUUGUCUGCCCUAAGUCAGGAACAAAGGGAGGGAGAAAUCCACACCUGCCAACAGCGGUCAGGUGGCGAUCGGGGUCAAGGGUCAGCCACUGCUGAACUUCUGCGAAUCAAAGAUCAUCUUAUCGAUGUAGAAAAGAACAAUGCCUCCCUGCAGACAGAGAGCAGUCUGUUGAAAGAGCAGCUCAAAAAGCUGGAGAACCAGAACACUUCUCUCAACAACCAGAUGGUGGCGCUGCAGCGACACACCACGACCCUGCAGGAACAGAAUUCAACCUUACAUACACAGACAGCAAAGCUGCAGGUGGAGAACUCCACACUCUCCUCCCAGAGUGCAUCUCUCAUGGCCCAGAAUGCUGUGCUACAGGGCCAAGUCACUGCCUUGGAGACGGAGGUAGAGUCGUGGCAGCGACAGCGCGAGGAGGCGUGGCGAGGUCGGGAAAGCGUGCUGAACGACCACGAGCGCCUGCUGAACGUUCACGAGAGGCAGGCACAGGAGUACGAGCAGCUGAUCAGUCAGCACGCCGCGCUGAAAAGCAAACAGAGGGGGCUAGAGGGUGAACACAGGACGCUGCACAACAAGUAUUGUGUUUUGCUGCAGCAGAAGGAGAAAUGGGAGGAGCAGGAGGGGCGUGGUCAGAAAGAGAGGGAAGAACUAAAACAGGAGAUCCAGAAGAAUCGGCUGCUACAGCAAGAGAACCUACAGCUAAAAACAGAAGUGGACAGAUUGACAGAGAGCCAAUCACAGCACUCGGAGCAAAGUGAAGAAUUCCAGCAGCGCACGAACGAACUCAAGAGCUCAUUAAGCUCCGCCCAGCUGGAAGUGAAUCACUGGACAGCAAAAUACGAUUUACUGAUGGAACAGCACCGGAGCCUGGAUCUAACCAUGACCAAGCUAGACAACCACUGUGAGCUGUUGAGUCGACUGAAAGGGAACCUGGAAGAGGAGAACCACCACCUGCUGAGUCAGAUCAACCUGCUGAGUCAGCAGAACCACACUCUGCUGGAGAGGAGCAUGGAGAGCAAAGAGCUCUACCACCAGGAGCAGAAACUAUACAUUGAUAAGCUGAAUUCUCUUCGUCGGCAAAAAGAGAAACUGGAGGAGAAGAUCAUGGACCAGUACAAGUUCUACGACCCCACACCUAAGAAGAGUCGGCAGUGGUCUGGAGCCAAAGCUUUAGCCAAACUCAUCAAACCCCGAAAGGAGAGCAGCAGGGAGAGAGGGGGCGACCGAGACAAGGAAGGCGGCAAGGAGAGAGAACGUGCAAAGAGUGCCCCAGACAUCCCCCUACCUUCACCACCCCCGCUCCUCCCCCCUGAGACACCACCCCCUCCACCCCAACGCACGACAAGUGACUCGCAAAAUGGUGGCCAGACUCACAGCAACCAUAACAGCCACACCACAAGCCCCAGUCUGGGACCCCAGAGUCCAGCAACACUGACACCCAUCAACCGAGGUUUGACUGACAGGGGCCAGGGAGUUUAUCGUAGCAGUACUCCAGGAGGCAGUAGUGAGAGUGUCAAUGGAGAAGAUGGACAUGGACAAGGUCAGAUCAAUAAAGUUCUGAGCUCCACUCCAAGCCAUCAGUCGUCCUCGCUGGGCCUAACCAACAACUCUAACUCCAGAAAGGGACCAGGCCCCAGCCGCAGACCCAGAGGUCUUUUACUUGACGAAGACUCUUGCCACAAUACAUCGGACUCGGUGUUUGGUCACCAUGGCAACAACAGCGGUCGCCCUGGAUCGGCAGACUUCAGCCACAACACCUCCAGCUCCAACUCACCUGUCAAUUGCAGAGACACAUUGGAUUAUCAGGCUCACUCAGCCAGCCUCUCUAGUGAUGAUGUCAUGGGUCUCAGUCGGUCACACCAGACCCUCUCGCGCAGUUCCACCCUCCCAUACGACCAUACACCCCAGAGGGCACAGCCACAGCGUGGAGGCGGGGUUAGGACUAAGCCUCGCUCAUCUUCACCUGGAAGUGAGAUGGUGACGCUGGAAGAGUUUCUACAGGAGAGCAACUUAAAGUCACCUCUCAUGGUCUCUACAGGGAGCAGGGAGGACUUGAUGACUGACUACUUCACCAGAAGUCCCGCCCCCUCAGCUCCCAUUAAUAGAGAUCAGGUGACUCCCACCAACUAUGUCACACCUACUGUACAACCAUCCAGCCAAAGGCCAGGCCAUAGCGUGAAACCUUCACCCCGCCAGCCUGUUGGCCAUUCCCCAUCCUCAGGUCAGCCUCACACCCAGAGAACCGGCCAGUCACUGAGCCGGGCCUUCAGCCUGGCCUCGGCUGAUUUGCUGCGCUCUAGUGGACCGGACAGUUUCCGUGGAAACGAGGGCUCUCCUAGCCAGUCAGAUGUGGUAGUUCGACGGCAAGGGGGAGGAGCUAACGGGAGAGAGCGGCCUCUCUCUGCUCGCCUGGCUGGUCCAACCAAUCAGCUUGGAGAUGGCAGCUUCCUAAACGCGCCCAUUCACCACUCAUCUUCUCUUAACCUGCAGACAGAGAGAUACACAGAGCGAGACAGAGAGAGAGGGAGGACUCCUGUCUCUCGAAACGGCCCGUCCUCCUCCACUUCGUACCAUCACCGUGGAGAGGUUGCCAUGGUAACCCCCGUCAGGGCCGUGCCCACUUCACGUGCCGAUGAAGCCUAUGAGCACGGGGAGGUGUUCAGAGAGGGACAGUCAGGUGACUCCACCCUCGCAAAGAAAGAAAGUGAGAGAUCGAGGUGUGGUUCUGUCGAACGCCCGAAAAGCACACCAGCUUCACCUGACCCCAACAACGACCCCCAGACUGUGUGGUAUGAGUACGGCUGUGUCUGAACACGGGAACCAAAUAACAACUACGACCUGCUGGGGCUAAAUGCUGGAGCUUUAUGGGCUGAGUCCAAACCCUGAGACGCUGCUUAUCAGUCUUUGGACUAAGCUCUUUGUACUAUUAGAACUUAGACGUCUGCCGUUUCUUAUAAGUCUACGGUUGAGCUUUGUUCCAAUGCAGCAUCAACCACUGGCCAAGUCUAUGGGCCAGGCUUUGUCACAAUGAAAAACAUCUCUGCAUAAAGGACUUUAGUUUGUAUUUUCUGGAACAAACUUGUAGAUGAACAACCAAACCUGUUUCCAUACACCACCUGCCAAUACAGCCGAUUAAAGCUGAGGAGCUGCCAGGGCUUCAGCUGCACACAAACACUGUGUCACGCCCCAGCUAUUGGAUCCAUGGAGUCAGUUUCCUCUUACCACCAUCAUCAUCAACAAGCUGAGCCUCUCAGAGCCGGAUGCAGUGUAGACUGAUGGUCUUCUAAGGAUUUAGAUUUGAACACCACAACACUAAAGUCUUUGAGAAUGCUGGAAUUCAUUAGCCUCUGCUGUUUUAGUGUCACCAUGUUUAGUGGGAUCCAGCAAACAGCCUCAGCCCAUAGGAUGGGAUAUUCUCUGGGACACCAAAGCCACCAAAGGAGCUUUUUUUUGAAAACGGCCUGUUUUCCGUUACUGACUGUUUGGGAAAAGAUGAAAUGUGUGGAUGUUUUGAAGAGAUGAUGAGCCAGAUGUUGAUUUUUGUUUUAAUUAUAACACCUACAGAGAUGGAGAUAGAAGCUGCGAUGUCUGAAGUCUGAGAAUCCGUACUACUUAAAACCUAGUUGUGGACCAGAACACUAAGAGUGGGCUUUGUCUAUGAGCUGGAACUCGUUGGCUGCUGAUUGACACACUGUCUGGCCCUGCAAAUGUUUGCGUGGAUGCCACCGGUUCGGCAGAACUGUAUGCCAGGAAUUAGCCCUCACCUAGAGUGAUUGAAAUAAAGUGAAGAUGACCAGAGGCACCAGAGCUACUGAAUGUAUCAGGUUCCUCCUCCUGUUUUUCCGUCCUCCUCCUCGUCUCCUCUGCUAUCUAGAACAAACACUGAAAAAGACAAGAGAGGAAAUGGAGGGAUCCAAGCAAAGAGAAACGAAGCAAGUGAAGAAGAAGAGGGUACAGAGACAGAGUUAGAAUAAACAGAGGGAUGCUGGAACGGAGAGAGCAGUGGACAGGAUGAGACAGAUGAAGGGACGGAUAUAGAGACGGAUGGAGGGAUGGGAGGAUGAAUAGAUAAACAAGACAGAGAUGGUGGGGCUCCUCCCAGUUAAAUUACAGUCUUUCUCCCCUCCAUCUUUAGAUUCUGUCCCAGCAUGCAACACUCUUGACACUUUACUGGAAAUGUUGCUGUGUCCGAGCCAACACUAGUUUCAAAAACACACACACACACACACACACACACACACACACACACACACACACACACACACACACACACACACACACACAUACACAUAUAUAUAAUGAUAUAUACAGACACAGGCAUUGUCCUUGAGGGGGCUGGUUGUGGCUUUGCUAACCAUUGAACUGGACGUAAUUCACAUACACAUGCACACAUACACAUGCACACACACACACACCACUGGGUAAACCACUGUGUUUUGGUAGGGUGUACUGCUGCACGCUAAGUUAGCCAGACAGUUGUAGGCACUGCACAACAGAGAGCGAGAGAGAUUCAGCCUGAAUCCAGACCCGCUGUGAUCUGGAUAGUUAGAGCUGUUCAUGCAGCGAGUGAACUUUGAAUAGUUGAGAGUUUUCCAGUAACUGAAUACACCAUGUGUUUGGCACAUUGUUCUGUUGGUAAACGCACUCAUCAAGUAAUGAGAACAAAAUCAUCCAAGUGUCUCUGGUGAGCCUCUGACUUCGAUGCACAUAAAACUUUAGUAUAUGCUGUAUAUUUUAUGACAUGUAGCAGGAGUAGGUGCAAUAGAUAGAAUCUUUUAUAACAGUAAAUGUAGUUUUAUAUCGUAAAAUCGUUUGUAAAUUGGCAGAAAAUUAAUUGACUUCCUGGUUCCAGCUUCUGAAUUGUGAUCAUUUUGUCUUCUGUCUGUGUUAAACCACAAACUGCUCAUUAGAUCAGACUCUACAUCAGCAUUAAGUGAUCAGUCAAGGUUCAGAUUCACGUGCUGCCAACUGUUAGCAACAAACACUGAAACAACAAGGGCCGUUUAUGAAGAUAAGGCUGAGCUGAAACAUUGCUGUUACCAGAUGGAAAGGUCUGUUUUAAUCAUACUGAUCUAUAAUAAUAUCACCAUUUGAAUAUCACAAAGAAGCAGUCCUCAUCACUGAUUUAUUAGUUAUAUUGACUCACAGUAUAUAUUGUCAAAUGUAGAUAUGAUUAUUUAAAAAGCUAAAUAUUAUUAAUUCAAUAUAGCUGCUGUGGUUAAGAUCAUUUUUUGCCCACUGUACCAGAGGAUAACAGAAGGUGUUCAGUCUUCCACUCUGUCACUUUUGUCUCAUAUAUGUGUCCACGUGUCUCUGUAAGGUCAGUGGAUUCGCACAUUAUAAGGUUUGGACUAAAAGGCCUAGAUUUAUCUCUCUUCUUCUUCUUCUCUGAAGGUCAAAGAUGACAGGAAAGAUGUAAACACAGAGUCACGAGUCCACUGGAGACAAAUGAAUGAUUUUGUUUUCAGUGUUGUCACCACGGGUCGAUUCAUUUAGAUAUGUGGUGUAUUAUCAGCCCAUCUGAACAGAGAGAGGAGGGAGAGAUGGAUGAUGUUAAUGAAAAGGAAGAAAAAAAAAAUCUCAAGACACUGAUCCACUGACUUUUUGUCUGUAUUGCUUUUAGUAAAUACAGAUCUGUCCCUCCUGCAUUAGAAAUGAGUGAUGACAAACAUUCCUAGGAAAGACGAGGAGGAGGAGGAGGAGGCGAGGAGGAAGAUGUAACACUGGAAUUGUAAAAAUGAAAAUUUGACUGGAGUCCGUCACUAACCUUUCUGCUCACCCUCUGAUCAAAAAGCACAUGUCGAUAUGCAACGAGCUAAAUUAUUUUACCUGUAACAUUUGUACAUGAUGUUAGAUUUUUAUAAACUGGUUAAGUACUGGAAACGUUUUGUAUAAUUUGCUGGAACUUUACCUUGAAAAUGUUGCUGAUACCAAAACAAAACCAGAUGAAUUCCUGUAAACUGGUAAAAACCCUGUGAUUCCACAGUAAAACUUUUAAUAGGUGUAGAUUUAAAAGAGAAGAAAGAAAGAAAUUAGAAAUUCUAGUAAAGAGAUGAAGUGACAUGAAGUGAAACACUGUAUGUUGAUGCUGUCAGUAGUGUUAUCUGUCUGUUUACCUGUGUUGGGUUGUUGUGUGUUGUCUUUGUUGUGUCUGCACUUAAGGCGUCUCUGUAUUACUAUUUCCUUAAGCCCUACAGGACGUGUGUGUGUGUGUGUGUGUGUGUGUGUGUGUGUGUGUGUGUGUGUGUGUGUGUGUCAGCCAGUUUCACUUUUCUGAUGUCAAUAUAGGGGAAAAAUGAUUCUUUUAUUGAAACCGCACCAUCACACACACACACAUAUACACACACCUUCUUUCUGGAAGGUGUGUGUGUGUGUGUCUAUAUGUUUGUGUCCUGUCUGUCUUUUCUCUGAAUGUGCGUCUGUCUGCCUGUGUGUAAAUCUGUCUUUCUGCCUAACUGUCCCAAGAAAUGUGACGUCUUCCUUCAACCAAACCUCUGACCCUUGGUUUCCUUGUCUUAGCACCGCUGUGCAACCUUCAGUGAAUUAACAAAACAAAACAAAAAAAACAAACCAGCCACACAUUAGUGUGGAAAAGCUGCAGUGAAAAGCAGCGUCACAUGAGAGAAGUGAAA